GAGGUCCGGAGCUGCACUUGCACGCGGGAGUUCAGUAUGAGCUACAACACAGAGUGAGUGGACGGAGGGCGCGCGGCGGACACGAUGGACACGCGGCGCUGGACACUGCUGUGGGCAGCGGUGGCAGUAGUGUGUGGCUCUAAGCUAGAGCGGUCAGUGGAGGAGGCGUGCAGCUCUGGUCAGUACACCAUCAGCGGGGAGUGCUGUAUAGAGUGUCCACCUGGGGAAGGGGUCAUUCAGAAGUGCGGACGUAACCAAACCGUGUGCGGCCAGUGCCUUGACAGUGAGACGUUUUCGGACAGUUACAGUCACACAGAGUCGUGUCAGCAGUGUACAGAAUGCGUGGGCUUAAUGCGCAUGCAGACCCCCUGCACGGACUCCAACGAUGCCGUGUGCGUGUGCAACUACGGCUACUACAUGGAUUCGGUGUCAGGCUACUGCGAACCGUGCACGGUGUGUCCGCGUGGUCAGGGUGUGUAUGUGCGCUGCGGGGCCGACCACGACACGCUGUGUGAGCCGUGCGAGGACGACACCUACUCAAGCCUGGAGAGCUCGCUAGACCCCUGCCUGCCCUGCACCAUCUGCGACGAGAACACUGAGAUUCAGCUGAAAGAGUGCACUUCUUUUGUCGACGCUGUGUGCUAUGAUCCAUCAGCCCCCACUACGACUCCCAGCCCCACGCUGGACCCCUCAUCCCUCCCUUGGGACGAGGACGGUAGCCUCCGGAGCCCUGGGCCAGACGAGGAGACGACCACAGCCAAGCCCAGCUCACCCCGCUUCAUUGGCACUGGUUUUGAUCUAAACCUCAUCCCCAUCUACUGCUCCAUACUGGCAGCUGUACUGGUGGGCCUGCUGGCCUACAUCGUCUUUAAGAGGUGGAACAGCUGCAAACAGAAUAAGCAGGCAGCCAACAACCGCGCGGCUACGGCCAAUCAGACGCCAUCUCCGGAAGGAGAGAAGCUCCAUAGUGACAGUGGCAUCUCAGUGGACAGUCAGAGCCUGCAAGAGCAGCAACAGCAACAGCAGCAGCAGCAACAACAGCAGCAGCAGCAGCAGCAGGCUCACACACAGCUGCACGUGCCCGAGCAGAUCGUGGUACGAGUGGACGGGGGCGCUCAGCCUGACCCUCCUCCACCUCAGGCCUGAGGGGCAAGGCAAAGGAGCUGACAUCUUCAAGCGGAGGAGGAAGGAGGAAGGCGACGAGGGAGCAGGAAGAGCAAGGAGAGGAAGUGGCGUAUUAUUCUGCUGGUUAUUAGCAAACUGUGGCCAUGAGAUCAGACUUAAGCUCCAGUGAAACCCAGUAUGGACAUCACACAGAUGCUCUGGAUCAUCUGGGCUUAGAGAACCGCUCCAAACCACUUCUGCAUAAAUACCACCACUUUAGCAGCACACUCCAAGGUCAAUGCCCUGCAAGACUGAAACCCAGCUCAGAUCACACCAGCAGCUGACAUACGAGGUGACGAUUUGAUCUGAAUUAGGCUUCAGACACUUUCACAAGACCUGAGCUCCUUUGAUGUUUGAGGUGGCGAGACACAGGCAUCUAACAAUAUUGUUUAUUCCACACCACCGACCAAAUCCGAAUGGCCUUAUAGCAUUCCUUAAUGUCUAUUAUAAAGCUUUGAAGAUGUAUAGUCUGCCAUACGUAUGUAAAACCACAUGUUUAUGUUUUCCAGUGACAAAGUAAUCCACCAGGUAAUCAACACGGACUUAUCGCACUAACACAAGCAGCACUGCAAGUUUUAAAGGCACUCUCAGAUCUGACAAAGAUGAAGGUGAUGUUCAGACGGACUGCAGCUAAGAGGUCUAUGGGGUUUCGAUGAACUCUGAUGAAUUGGACUUCUGGACUUGGCUCUGAAGUGGACUCUAUGAGAAUGCCUCAAAUGAAUAAUCAUGAUCCUUCCUCAUUUUGAUUUCAAAUCUUUGUUUGUGAAGUUCUUCAUUCCCACAUAAAAGAAAGUGUCAGAUUCUUUCAGUCAGGAUGCUUCACAGAGUUCUGAAAGGUUGCAGGAGCUGCCCAUUUAGGACCAGGCCUGAGAGCAGCGCUGGUUUCAGCCCUAAUGGUGGUUUUGUGUGGAGAAAAGCUGAUCCUGGAACAGCAAGUGUGUGCAACAUCUCGAAAGGUGACAUUUACUGACCUUUACUUUUGUAAUGACUCAGAUCUAUACUUAGCUCUCUCUCUUUCUCUCUCUCUCUCUCUCUCUCUCUCUCUCUCUCUCUCUCUCUCUCGCUGCAGAUAUUCUUUUCUGAUAAACCCACAUACAGUCUCCGUUUCCUACAGACACACAUAUAUAGAUACACACGCACGCAAUGCAUCAUAUUUCCUGCUCUGCUGCCUCACCUCAUCCAGGUUUAUGUUUCGAUGCAUGGUCAUCUCAGGCCUCUCAGGCCUAAGUGAUGAUGCUAUUGUAGUGUAGAAGGCGUGCGGUGCAGUGCUACACAGCAGUGUGAGCCGGCCAGAUCUGACACAGUCAUCCUCCAUUUAAUGCUGCUUCUGCAUUCUGCUACAGAGGGGUGUAAUGAUGUACAGAACUCAUAGCUUGGUUUGAUACGAUACAGUCUUGAUUCAGUAGACUUGUUUGAUCCAGCAAAAACAAAUAGUGCCCAAAAAUGUGCCUUAGGUUUCUAUUUUCAUUUAUUAGAAAAUCCAACACAUUCAACACCAGAGGUAGAAAGAUAAAAAAUUGCACUGGCCAAUAGGGUCACCAAGCCAAUGAAUCUUGUGGAUUUUUUUUGUCCAGAAUUAUAGAAACUAGUUUAUCAUAUGUACAUUCUAUUUACAAUGUGCAUGUUUCAGUACCAAAAGCCAGUCAGGUGUUACUUUGAAAAAGGAAAUUUCCAGUCCAAAAUAUUCAUUAGGUACUGUUUAGCUACUGCAGUGACAGCCUCUAAGUGUAAUACCAGCUUAUUUAACUUGCAUAACUAUUUUAUUGCAUAAGAGUCAUAUUAGCAAAUUUCAACUAAUGCAACAGCAUCCAUGGCGCCAGGCAAAACAGCACAGCAGGGAAGACCACCACAGUAAGUUCUGUCUACCCCUGUUCAACACUUAUCAAAGUACAAUAUUUCAAUGGCACAGUGGAGACUUUCCUGACCCAUUCAGGCCAGUUUCUCAGCUGCUUAAACCUUAAUGCUUACUAAAAUCAAACGUGGUGAGAUAAAAAACUAAGAAACAUCACUUUGGCAAAACAACCACAUUUGAGGGUGCAGCCCAAGCCAGAUUUUUAAGAUUAUUGUAUAAAUCAUGCUAGCAAAAUAAUAAUAAUGUUUAACCUGUUACAUGUCAGCUAUUACUCUAGCAAUGAGAUAUGCUAGCUACAAGCUGAUAAGCUAGCUAUGAGCUAAAAUGCUAGUCAUAAGCUGAUAUGCUAGCCACAACCUCAUAUGUUUGCAAUUAUAUGCUAGCCAGAAUCCACUAGCCACAAGUUGAUACAGUAGC